AGAUGCUUUGCUUCAAUACUGGAUGUGACUUUGAUACUGGCGAUAUUUCUUUGUCCGGCCCUUGGAAUUGCAAAGAUUGAAUUAUUUAAAGGAAGUAAUGGUGAACUUUAUUAUAACAAUAUUAUUGAACACGGUUAUGUGAUCAUUUCAUUAAUAAUGCCAUGUAAGCGUCCAUCAAUCCGUGCAAGAGCAUUAAUGGUCAUUGAUCUGAAAAAUUCUCUAAAUUUGGCAGGCGUC